AUGGCAUGCAUUAUUAUGCAUUUCUCUUCACAGAUCACUAAGAAGCCCCCAGUAUCUACAGCUGGACCGAUGAUAACAAAGCUGAUCAUCACAAAAGCCCUGAACAAUAAAGGACUGUCCAGCCCAGCUUCAGUGGCUCCUGUAGUGACUGGGCGAGUUGUUACCCAGAGUACUCCAGUGACACCUCCACGCACCCUCACCAUUGGUGAGACCGUCAGCACUGUGCCACAGAAUACAUCUGGCAACAGCAAAGUCGCCAUCUCGCCUCUUAAGUCUCCCAGCAAGCUGACAGUGGUUUCGGUUGCCAGUCAGUCUCCAAACUCACCCCAGAAGUCUGUGACGCUGCCGCUCAACGUGGCUCUGGGCCAGCAGAUCCUCACAGUUCAACAGUCUGCCACCACCUCUCCAGCUAAAGCCGGAACCAGCCAGUCCACCGCACAGACUGUAAAGACAGUGGGAGGAGUGGGACCAUCCCAGUUUAAGACCAUCAUCCCCCUCACAACACCUCCCAACGUGCAGCAGAUCCAGGUGCCAGGCAGCCGCUUCCAUUAUGUGCGACUGGUAACGGCCACCACUGGCAGCACCACUGCACAGUCGGGCGGCAGCACCAACACCAACCCUUCCAUCCAAUCAGCCAAGCCUGUAAUGAUGAAUGCUGCAGUACGGAUGUCUGUACCCAUCAUCCCAGCACAGAGCAUCAAACAGGUUGUACCCAAACCCUUGAUGUCAGCAGCCCAGGUGGUGACCACGAGUCAGACGCCCCAGCGUCUCAUCAUGCCAGCCACACAUCUGCCACAGAUCCAGCCGAACCUCACCAGCCUGCCGCCAGGCACUGUGCUCGCCCCCGCCCACGGCUCGGGGAACAUGGGCUAUGCUGUGUUGCCAGCCCCGUACGUUACACAGAUCCCUCAGUCUGCGUUUGUGACUUUGACCAGCAGCUCCACCUUCUCAACAGCCACCCCCAUACAGACUCAAGCCAGGCUUUCACUCAACGGUUUAUCAACGUCCGAAGCAACUUCAAGGCCGAGAAAACCCUGCAACUGCACACGGUCACAGUGUCUGAAAUUGUAUUGUGAUUGCUUUGCCAACGGGGAAUUCUGUAAUAACUGCAACUGUGUUAAUUGCUUCAACAACCUUGAUCAUGAGAGUGAAAGACUGAAGGCCAUCAAGGCAUGUUUAGACAGAAACCCUGUGGCUUUCAAGCCCAAGAUUGGCAAAGGCAAACAAGGGGAGUCAGACAGGAGACACAGCAAAGGCUGCAACUGUAAGAAGUCUGGCUGUCUGAAAAACUACUGCGAGUGUUAUGAGGCAAAGAUCAUGUGUUCGUCCAUCUGCAAAUGCAUGGGCUGCAAGAACUUUGAGGAGAGUCCAGAGAGGAAGACGCUGAUGCACCUGGCAGACGCUGCAGAGGUGCGAGUCCAGCAGCAAACCGCAGCCAAAACCAAACUCUCCUCACAGAUCUCAGAUCUGCUCACUAGAACCACACCGGCCGUCAUCAGCGGUGGCGGAAAGUUGCCAUACACAUUCGUAACGAAGGAAGUGGCCGAGGCGACGUGUGACUGUUUGCUGGAGCAGGCCGAGCAGGCCGAACUCACCAACCAGCCUCAGGCCGUGGCAGAACGCCUCAUUCUGGAGGAGUUUGGUCGCUGCCUCAGGAGAAUCAUCAGUUUUGCUGGCAAAGCCAAGACAGACUGUCCCAUAAACUGCUAGAGCCGUGACUCGGAGCCCUCCUGCCCGUUUGAGGCCCAGGGUGUUGCUGAACCUAGAAUCGGGCUCCACUGAUGGCACUUUUACCGGCCCCACAUACGGAUUCAUGGGCCUUCUAAUAAAAAGACACAAACCAGAACUUCCCAUUGGCCUGUGAGAUGUGUUGUGGAGGACGCACUAUAUUCAGUAGGAGGACUACAGUACUUCAUUGUAGCCCCUGCGAUGAUGGACUUACACCGUUUGCUUUGUCGGAAGGGUUUGCUUUAUUUUAGAGCAAUCGAUACAAUUUUAAGGUAGUUUUUGUUUUGUUUGGCAACGUUUUCCACUUUUAAAUCUGCUUAAUCAUGAUAUUUGGUUGUCUUUUAAAACUGGAUUUUCAUAUUAUCAUUCACUGUUGUCAGAAAGCCCUUUUUUUUCUUACUAAUAACCUCAGGACAGUUGGGAUGCGGAAGGAACUUCCCUGCACAUGUAAUUGGUCGUCUGAUCAUGACUUGUAUACAGUAAGUAGCUUGUGCUGUAGCUUCAUUAUAUUUAAGUGCUCGCAGCAGAUUCUGUUCCUUGAGCAGAAUCGGGUUCAGUCUUCAUCGUUCAGUUCAUGUUCAAGCAUGCAGACAUUCAGCCGGGCCGCUGGACGGGAUGAGGGCCACACGAGAUUGAAGCAGAGCAUGGCGGUACAGAUUUCCUGUCCUCCAAAAAGAUUAGUUGAAUCUUUACUAAUGGAAAAAAGCAGCUAAAUAAGCUUUGCAAUCCAGUAGUGAGUCUUGAGGCUUGAUUGAUAUGCUCCUUCAUCUCAGUCCACAGAUCAGUUGAGAACCUGCUCACUGAUUCUUUUCACUAGGUUCGUUUGUUUUGCAGUUAUUGGUUGAUCAGCUCUGUCAGGGCCGAAUUAAACCAAACCUUUUCCGUACUCUGAGUCUGAUGAGUCUACACGUGUGUAGUCACUAAAACGCUGCGAGUGAAUCUCAUGAGACCUGUCAAGAACAUGUCCAGUUCAUAUUACAUCCCAAAAUGAAAUGUUUAUUGCUUAAAGAAAAAGAAGCUUAUUUAAGGACCCAUUAAAUGGUUAUUUCACCCCAAAAUGAAAUUUCUGUCAUUUACUCACCCUCGUGUUGUUUCA